AUGAAAAGUUUAUUUCAAAGAUCAUUGUUUUAUUCUAUAAAACAAGCUCAACAGAUCAAUAGCAGACGAUUAGUAUGGACCGGUCGAGAAACCUUGCGUGAUAGUGAUCCAGAAAUGUAUGGAUUAAUACAAAAAGAAAAAAGUCGACAAAAGCGUGGGUUAGAAAUGAUUGCAUCGGAAAAUUUCACAUCACGUAGUGUUCUUGAAACACUUGGAUCAUGUUUAACAAAUAAGUAUUCUGAAGGUUAUCCAGGUGCUCGAUAUUAUGGUGGUAAUGAAUAUAUUGAUCAAAUUGAGAUUUUAGCACAAAAACGAGCUCUUGCAGCAUACGGCUUGAAUGAAAGCGAAUGGGGUGUUAAUGUUCAAACAUUUUCAGGUGUACCAGCUAAUUUUGCUGUUUAUACUGCACUUCUUGGAACACAUGGACGUUUGAUGGGUUUAGAUUUACCUGAUGGUGGUCAUUUAAGUCAUGGUUAUGCAACACCAACAAAAAAAAUCUCAGCUACAAGUGCAUUUUUUGAAUCAAUGCCAUAUAAAGUUGAUCCAAAAACUGGCCUCAUUGAUUAUGAAUCUCUUUCUAAAACAUCAAAACUAUUUCGUCCAAAAAUGAUUGUCGCUGGUAUAUCGUGUUAUUCACGUAAUCUUGAGUAUCAUAAAUUUCGCGCAAUUUGUGAUGAAGUUGGUGCAAUACUUCUUGCCGAUAUGGCACACGUUAGUGGUUUGGUUGUAGCUAAAAUUGUUGCUGAUCCUUUCAAAUAUGCUGACAUAGUUACAACAACAACACAUAAAAGUUUACGUGGACCACGUGCGGCAUUAAUUUUUUUUCGACGUGGAAUAAAAAAGACGCAAACAACAAAAACAGGAGCAAAAGAACAACAAGUCGAAACAUACGAUUAUGAAAGAAAAAUAAAUGAAGCUGUUUUUCCUGGUUUACAAGGUGGACCACAUAAUAAUACGAUUGGUGCUCUUGCUGUUGCUUUAAAAGAAGCUGCUUCAGAUGAGUUUAAAACUUAUGCAAAACAAGUUAUAAAUAAUGCUAAACAACUAGUUAAAUCACUUCAAGAAAAAGGAUAUACAUUUGUUUCAGGUGGUACUGACACACAUCUAGCUUUACUUGAUUUACGUCCCAUUGGACUUGAUGGUGCAAAAGCAGAGAAAGUACUCGAAGCUGUCUCUAUUGCUGUAAACAAAAAUACAUGUCCAGGAGAUACAUCUGCCCUUAAACCUUCUGGAAUUCGAUUCGGUACACCUGCAUUAACUACUCGUGGUUUUGGUGAAAAUGAUAUAGUUCAGGUUGCUAAUUAUAUUGAUGAGGCGAUAAAAUUGGCUGUUACAAUUAAUAAAUCUCAUGGCGAUAAAAAACCUUCACAAGUAACAUUAAAAGAUUUUAAAGAAAAUAUGAAACUUGAUGAACAUUUGAAAGCUAUGCAAAACUUACAACAUUCCAUUGAAUCAUUUGCUGAAAAAUUUCCAAUGCCUGGCUAUGAUGAAAUUUAA